GUCUACAUUUAUAGUUGUUAAAACAAAUCAACCUGCAAUGUUGGAAAUUUUGAGUUUGGUUUUUGUUAUUUCAUUGCUAAUUAACAGCUCUGUUGUGUCGGAGUUGUGUAUCGAUCCUCUUGGUAUUGAAGAUGGAACUAUUCCAACUGAACAACUGUCAGCAUCAAGUGAAUUCGAUUUAGCGUACGGGGCACAUCGUGGACGACUGAACACUGCAACAGAUAGUGGGGGGAAAGGAGCAUGGUCUUCAAAAACCAAUGACCAAUACCAGUGGAUCCAAGUUGACCUCGGUAAACUGCAUAAGGUACGCGGAGUAAUUACACAAGGCCGCAACAGUUACGAUCAAUGGGUGACGUUUUAUGAGAUUCUUUACAGUGUUGAUGGUGACAUUUUCCAACCAAUCAGGAAUUCAGACUGUCAAGUAUCGAAGUUUGUUGGAAAUUCGGAUGAAGACACUACCGUGACAAACAUGUUCUCUGAGCCUAUCUACGCGAAUUUCGUCCGUAUUCAUCCAACUGACUGGUACAGACACAUAAGUUUAAGAUUUGAGAUUCUUGGAUGCCCAAGAGGCUCGCAGUUGGUUGGACACUCAACUUAUUACAAAUCUUUUCGUCAAAAUUCACAACGUUCAAUAAUGACCCGGAAGUCGAGCGGAAGUUGCAUUAGAUGCGCAGUGGAGUGUAUGAGGACGCCAGAAUUCAAGUACUUUAAAUGCGACGGAGGAUGCCGCCUUUAUACUUGCAGUAACGAUGACAAUUUUGUUGGUUUUCAGAUUGGUUGAAAUGGCUUUUCCACUAUGUUCUGCACUUGGAUAAGGUCUCAAAAAUGUAAACGACUUGUUUUAAUAUGGCAUGCACCUAAUUAUUUUGUGUCCUGGUCCUGAUUGGUCAAUUGUAAGUUUGAUCAUUCAAGAAAAAUGGUAAAUUUUGUAAAUUUUGUUCCAAUAAACUUCAUUCCUUAAGACUUAAAUAAUCAAAACUGUGUGUAGUAAUUUUAAUUAGAUUUGAUUUCUUCAUAUCUAUAAUCAUGAUGAUGAAUAGCUGACAAUAUUUUGGAUUUCGCCAUGUCUACAUUCUUUAGAAGAGAAUAUCAUAUAUGAAGACCUUCGAUCUCGUCAUAUCUUAGUACCGUAGAUACGAUUUUUGAUUUCUUCAAGUUUACAUCCUUUAGAAGAAAUGUUCAUUUGACGAGAUCAUGGAUAUUGUACUGCCGACGUUUUUUAAAAGAGAUGAUAAGAUUACAGGAUCCUGGAUCUCGUCAUGUAGACAUCCAUUAAAAGAGAAGAUUAGAAGACAAGAUCAUGGAUCUCAACAUGUCUGCAUCCCUUAUAAGAAAUGAUCAGAUGACGAGAUCAUAUCUCGUAAAAGAGAUGAUCAGAUGACAAGAUUCUUGAUCUCAUCAUAUCUACAUCCUUUAGAAGAGAUUAUCAGAUGAUAAAAUGCUGGAUCUCGUCAUUUCUACGUCCUGGAAAAAAUUAUCAUGUUACGAAAUGCUUGCACCUGUUUUUGUACAUACUUGUUCAAUACAGCAUAUGCCACUAAAUGUACUUAUAAACUUAUAAUCUUUGUUCGGUGUCGCAACCCCCAAACCAAGUUGCAGGCUGAACGGGUGACCUUAUUAUUAGUUUAGUUUCUGAAAGUACAGAAAUUUAGUACAAAAUGCUCUUUAGUUUUCUCUCAAGGAAGGAAAUAAAAGCUCGCAUUUUGAACACAUCUAAUGAGGCGAAUAAAAUGCCGAUUUGAGUGGAAAAUUCAAUUUUAAAAAGAAAAUUAAUUAUAAUAAGUCAUAUAUCUUUGCGUGACUUUCCGGAAAUUUUUGAUUAGAAUAUGCUGCCAUAUUUUGUUCUAUUCACAUGCUUUUAGA